UCUUCGCCAACGUUGGAACCUUGUGCCCUGCGCGUAGCGUCGCCUCGUCGUCACUUGCUGCAACUAACGACGCCAUUUUAACUUGCAAGUUAACAAUGUUGUUGUUGUUGUGUAAAAACAGACCUGUAAAUUCUUAAGACAAAACAAUUAUCAACGUAUCUUUGGGUAUGCAUUACAAGGAAAAUAUAACGUAAAAGAAGAAAUAGUUAAACAAUAUAUCGUAGGGCAAGAUACAAUAUUCGAUUUUAAUUUAUUUUAGUCGUACUCGUGUGCUACUUUAUAAAAUAACGACGAUGGAUGGAAUGCCAGUGAAACGUGAAAUCCACGAUUCGGAUAGCGACAGUUACGUUAGUCAAGGCAUUCAUCACUCCGGUCCCGAUAGAAAACGUAACAGACGGAGUAUUGAUCUAGAUAUGAAACUGACGGUUCUUCGACUAUACGAGGAAGGCCAACAGGGGAUUGACAUUGCUCGCUUUCUCGAUCUUCCUCCGUCUACUGUUCGAACCAUCCGAAAGAAUGCUGACAAGAUUAAAGCCGGUGCCAAACAUGCUGUGCCAUUAAAUGCCAAGAAGAUUACACGUAGCAGAAGUGCUCUCAUGGAAUCGAUGGAAUCUCUACUGGCAGUAUGGAUUCAAGACCACAACCAAAACAACGUGCCCUUGACUGCUAGUGCUAUCCAGGAAAAAGCUAAAUCGCUUUACAGCGAUUUGGCUACUAGUUUUAAUACCAAGGGGGCAAAGGUUGAAGAGUUCGGGGCAAGCCGUGGUUGGUUGGAGAGGUUCAAAAAACGUUCAUGCUUCAGUGACAUUCAACUGUCAGGGGAGAUGAGUGAGGAUAUUUUUGAAGUUCAUAAAUUUCCACAAGAGUUACAAGCAGUUAUUGAUGAAGGGGGUUACUCUCCAAAACAAGUGUUCAAUGUGGAUGAAACAGGCCUCUACUGGAAAAGGCUGCCUGCUAGGACUAUGAUGUCAGUAGAAGAACAAGCAGCUUCAGGGUUUAAAGCAGCCAAUGACAGACUUUCUCUUCUUUUGGGAGGCAAUGCAGAAGGGGAUUUUAAAUUCAAACCUUUAGUGGUGUACCACACUCAGACACCAACACCACUGAAAGGCUACUCUAAAGAACAUCUUCGAGUCACGUGGAGAGCCAACAAGAAGGCAUGGCUCUCUGGGACAAUAUUCGAAGAGUGGCUGAAUGCUUAUGCCAUUCCGUCUGUAAAAGAAUACUGCGCUAGAGAAAAUUUACCUUUUAAAAUAUUAUUCGUGUUAGAUCAAGCACCCUGUCAUCCGCCCCAUCUCCUGAACCUGUCAGACAAUGUGAAAUUUGCAUUUUUACCUCUCAGCGAUUCAUCCCUUCUUCAGCCUAUGGAUCAGGGCAUCACCGCCCUGUUCAAAUGUUACUACCUACAGCAUCUUGUCCAGCAGCUUUUAUCAGCUACUGAUGGUGAGACUAAAAUUACCCCUAAAGACUUCUGGAACAACUAUGACAUUUUGAAAGCGAUCGAUAACAUUGCUGAUGCAUGGGAAGACGUUUCUUCUUCAUGUAUGAAUAACGCUUGGGAAAAAAUUUGGCCUGACUGUGUGUCAGAUAUGGCAAGCUUAGAACAAAUUAUAGAUAUACUUGAGAUGAUUAAAAAACAGAUUUCAUACCUGGCCUAUGAGGCUGAUUUUGAAGGGAUGGAACAGUCUGAUAUUGAAGAACUUCUUGCCUCCCACAGUGAAGAGCGUUCUGAAGAUGAACAGGUUGACUUGCAAACUGCUACUGAAGAUGAGGAAGAGGGACCUUCAAAAGCUGCACUGUCCAGAGUUUUUACAGUCAAACGUUUAGCAGAAUUUUUCAAACAUAUUGAUCAUGCAAUGAAAAUAAUCAAUGAAGAUGAUGCAAACAGAGAGAGGAGUUGUAGAGUUGCCAGGAUAGUUGCACAGGAGAUAGGCUGUUAUAAGGAUAUUUACUUGGAGAAAAAAAAGAAGAAAAAUUUGCAUUAGCCAAAAGAAAAGGUUAUGGUUCCAUUAUUUAGUUUUGAAUUGGUAAAAACCAUGCUUUGGUGAUGUUGAAGACAGUAGUUUAGUUAAGUUGAUUGAUGUAAUUUUGGUUUCUUGUUAAAAAAUAAAAAAUUAAUCAGGUGAUUAUUUUUAAAUUUGAAAAGGAAAU